AUGCCCCAGAGGUUAUACCAGUACAGCCAGUUAUCCCAAUUCUGCCUUAGAUUAGGACAACAGUUUCAGAUGGGAGCAGCUCAGGCUCAAGAGAUGCAGACUCAGGCUAUGUUGAUUCGUCAAUGGAUUGUUCAAGUUCAACAAACUCUGCUAGUGUUAUAUUUUCUUUUGAGUUAUAACGGAGUUCAAGGAGAAAAAAAGUUAUCCAAACUAGAGGAUUCAGAGUUGGAGAAGCAACUUAAACUUUUGAACAAGCCAGCAGUCAAAACAAUUAAGAAAAAAUAUGGGGAUACAUAUGAUUGCAUGAAUUUCUAUAAACAACCUGCAUUUGAUCAUCCGUUGUUAAAGAAUCACGAUAUUCAUCCUAAGAUAAAACUUACUUUAGCUAGCACACUACAAAAUUCAGAUAUGUCAGCAGCUCAUGAAGAUAAUGAGUCAUCAGGGAUAUGGUUAAAGGAAAGAGGUUAUCCUUUCGAAACUAGUAACAACAGUAGUGAGCCAAAGAGAAGUUCCAUAUCCUCACAGGGAUACAAGCUCGCAAUAGUUCAAAUUCCAAAUGACACAAAUAAUAAGUUUGCGGGUGCUGGAAUGUCAGCUAGUUUAUGGAAUCCUCAUAUUGAAAGUCAGCAGCACACUGCAUGUCGACUAAAAAUCCAGAAAGGAUCAGAUAGUUUACAAGCUGGGUGGAGAGCUGGUAAUACACAUCGCUUCAACACGUUAUGCCCUGGAUUUGUCAUUGUAAGUAGUAAGUACCCUGUUGAUGGGGUCUUUGAUCCGGUUACACAACGUGGAGAUAAAAGAGAUCCAAAUUACAAAACGACUGUACGUGUUGAUGAUUCUGAUUGGUAUGGUGUUAUGGAUGUACCACAUUGGAGAGGUGGAAAGUAUCAGCAUAUGGCAUUUUAUGGAGGACCUG